GUUUUUAAUGAAAUCCAGUUUGUCAACUAUUUCUUUCAUGGAUUGUGCCUUUAGUAUUGUAUCUAAAAAGUCAUCUCCUUGUCUAAGGAGACUGCUGUAAUGCUGAAAACCUCAAGCCAUGUGUAACCCAUGGGUGGCGUGGUUAGGAGUGCUAGCACUCUUUAUCCUAUUAACUCAGGCAGCCCUCAAACCAGCAAUGCCUCCGGUGAUCAAGAGCCAGCCUUUCAACAUUUUCUGGGCAGCCCCAACAAUGUAUUGUAUGCCUUUCUUCAAUGUAGAUAUAAAUCUUCAAGUAUUUAACAUUAUAUCAAAUCCUUUAGAGACUCAGAGUGGGUCAAAAAUUGCCAUAUUUUAUCCGAAUGAAUUAGGGUAUUACCCUUACUUAUCUCAAGAUGGAAAAUCCUUUAAUGGAGGAAUACGGCAGAAUGUGAGCCUUUCUGAACACCUUGGGAAAACUGCUGAUGACAUUGGAGAAGGUGUCCCUUGGUGGAGAUCAGAAGAACUUGUUGUUAUUGACUGGGAAAGUUGGAAACCCCAAUGGGAUAGAAAUCGGGGCAGCAGAAUAAUAUAUAAAAACCACUCUUUAGCCUUCACUAGAAACCAUCAUCCUUAUUGGUCAGAAAUGAAAGUGGAAACAGUUGCCCGAGAGGAAUUUGAAAAUGCUGGAAAAAAUUUCAUGAACAUUACUCUCACACUGGCUUUAGAAAUGGGACCAAAAUGUUUAUGGGGCUUUUAUCUCUAUCCAGACUGCUACAAUUAUGAUUACAGAAUAAAUCCAGAGACGUACACAGGUAAUUGUCCAAAUGAUGAAGUUCUCCGCAAUGACCAACUCCUGUGGCUGUGGGAAAAAAGCGCGGCACUUUAUCCUUCAAUACAUUUGGAUAAAAUACUGAAGUCAAGCUUAAAUGCUUUGAAAUUUGUUCACUAUCGAGUUAGAGAAGCCAUGAGGGUUGCUGAAAUGGCUAGACAUGACUAUGUUUUGCCAGUUUUUAUUGUUUUCAGACCAUCUUAUUUGGAUAGUACUGAAGCUCUGUCACAGGAGGACUUAGUGCAUACAAUUGGCGAAAGUGCCGCAUUGGGCGCAGCAGGAGUAAUAUUGUGGGGAGGAUAUGAAUAUUCUGCUUCAAAGGAGAACUGCUUAUCUGUGCAGCAAUCUAUCCAAGGGCCUUUGGGCCAUUAUGCUGUGAAUGUGACUUCUGCAGCCAAGCUCUGCAGUCAGAGUCUAUGUAACAGUCAUGGAAGAUGUAUUUGAGAAACACCUGAGUCUUCCUUCUAUCUGCAUAUGCCUGAAAGCAGUGGACAUCCUUUGCCAUUCAACCUCUGAUUUGCACAAGGUGACUAAAGGACCAGCAGCAAACAAAAGCAAAGGUCUUCUAGAGUGCACUAAAGCAGAAGAUAACAUAAGAUUUUUAUCUUACCAUGAAAGUAUUAUCUGAAGGACAGUUAAAGCUUUGUGUUGUUCAACCAGUACAUCUCACUUCAUGGCUCCUUACAUUUUUUAUUCUGAAGUCUAUCUCUUGUCUAAAACCUGCUCGACUUCCAAUUUAUCAAAGGAAACCUUUUAUAGCUGCUUGGAAUGCUCCAACAGAUCAGUGUUUGAUAAAAUAUAAUUUAAGACUAAAUUUGAAAAUGUUUCCUGUGAUUGGAAGCCCACUGGCCAAGGCCAGGGGGCAAAAUGUCACUAUAUUUUAUGUCAACAGAUUGGGAUACUAUCCGUGGUAUACAUCACAAGGGGUCCCCAUUAAUGGAGGUCUCCCACAGAACAUAAGUUUACGAGUACAUCUGGAAAAAGCUGACCAAGAUAUUAAUUAUUACAUCCCUGCUGAAGAUUUCAGUGGACUUGCUGUUAUAGAUUGGGAAUAUUGGCGACCACAGUGGGCCCGGAACUGGAACGCAAAAGAUGUUUACAGACAGAAGUCAAGAAAGCUUAUUUCCGAUAUGGGAAAGAAUGUAUCAGCUACCGAUAUUGAAUAUUUAGCCAAAGUGACCUUUGAAGAAAGUGCAAAAGCUUUCAUGAAGGAAACCAUCAAAUUGGGAAUUAAGAGCCGACCCAAAGGCCUUUGGGGUUAUUAUUUAUAUCCUGAUUGCCACAAUUAUAACGUUUAUGCCCCAAACUACACUGGGUCAUGCCCAGAAGACGAAGUCUUGAGGAACAAUGAGCUCUCUUGGCUCUGGAACAGCAGUGCUGCUUUAUAUCCUUCUAUCGGUGUCUGGAAAUCCCUUGGAGACAGUGAAAACAUUUUGCGCUUCUCCAAAUUUCGGGUGCAUGAAUCCAUGAGGAUCUCCACCAUGACAUCUCAUGAUUAUGCUCUGCCUGUGUUUGUCUACACAAGGCUAGGGUACAGAGAUGAACCUUUAUUUUUCCUUUCUAAGCAAGAUCUAGUCAGCACCAUAGGAGAAAGUGCUGCCUUGGGAGCUGCAGGCAUUGUUAUUUGGGGAGACAUGAAUUUAACUUCAUCCAAGGCCAACUGUACAAAGGUGAAGCAGUUUGUGAGUUCUGAUUUAGGGAGCUACAUAGCCAAUGUGACCAGAGCUGCUGAGUGAUGGGGUCUUGUUUUGUAUCCAGCCCAGUCUCGGACUUCCAGGCUCAAGAGAUCCUCUUGCCUUAGCCUCCCAAAGUUCUGGGAUUAUAGGUGUGAACCACAGCACCCAGCCUCAACCAACUGUUGAUUACCAAAGUAAUGGGAAAGUGCAGGAUAAAACAGGGUCUUGGGCAAUUUCUACUUCUUGAUGCUAUAUUCUGUUUAAAAUCGCUUAUACGCAUUGUGUUUUUCUCUUGAGAGUCAUGUUUAAUUGAUAGGACUUCCUUCUUCUGGAGACAAUCUACUUGAAAGGUAAACUCAAAGUAAGUAUGAUGCUGUUGUAGAAGAAAUUAUAGUUGAUUCAACCUCCUUCUUCACCUCUGUUUUUCUGUGAAACAUUUGAAAUCCAGGUGUGUUCUUUUCAACUCCAAGUCUCUGCUUGUUGGAGGUUAUUGACAUUGUUAAGUUCUAAUUUCUAAAUGUAAAAAACAUAACAAAACAAAAUGCUGUGAAUGGUAGGUAGUAUUGCAUUGAUUAGCUUUUUAAAAAAUUAAACUUAUUUCUAUAUCAAAGAUGAUACAAUAAAAUUAUAGAAAAUUUGUGAAAAUAGAAAAAAUGAUAAAGGAAAUCACCAAUAAUCACUAUAACAUAAACGGGUAACUUUUGGUUUAUUACUUUCUAAUAUUUCUUCUAAAGACCUUUUAAUAUGUUUGUAAUAGUAAUAUAUGCAUAUGCAUAUUCACUUACCCAUCCAUUAUAAGUAGUAUCUGUGUUAUUUCAUAAACUUUAUAGCUAUUACUUAAAAUCAUUUUUAAGACCACAUAAUGGUCUGUCAACUAGAUGUAACACAAUUUAAUUAACAAUUUUCUGUAUGCUGUGAUUUUUUUUAAAUGCCAAGCUUUUACUAUUUAGUCGCUUCAUCAGAGAAAACUUUCCAGAUCAUCCUUCUAAUUCAUUCAUUCACUCAUUCAUCAGUUUGUUUGUUAAUCAAUUUAUUGAGCAUUACACGUUAGUAGGUACUGCCUAAGCUUUGGAAUACAUCCUUGAACAAAACAGACAAAGAAUCCUGGCAUCUUGGAAUUUACGUUAUAGCUCAAAGAAACAUAUUAAACACACAAAUAAGCAAUUUAUAUCAUAUGUUAGAAGGGGAUAAGAUUUACAGGAAAAAAUAUAGAGAGCAGAGUGGGGGAGGGAGGGAUAUUCUGUGUUUAGGCCUCAUCAAGCAGGUGCCCAUUUGAACGAAAACUUGAAAAAGGAGAGAGAGUUAGCCAUGAGAAUACUUGGGGGAAGGGUAUUCCAGGCGCACAAAUCAGCUGUUGCAAAUUUGGUAGUGGGCCUGGUGUAUUCCAUUUUCUGUCGUUCCUUACUAGAAUGUAAACUAGGAAAAUGAGGACUUCACUUUGUUCACUGCUAGAACACUACUUGCUACAGUGUCUGACACUUAGUAGGUCUUCAACAAGUAUCGUUAAAUGAAGGAAUUAAUGAGUGAUUCAGAAACCUGAAUCGGUAGAACCUAUAAAUAUGUUGUAAUUUUUUUUUAACUCUGCACAUCAGUAGUGAGUCAUUACAAAGUUCUUCUCGAGCAUUACUGUUCUAUUUUUAUCCUAAAAGAUUAGCUUGUGAAAUCACAUAUCCUCAUUCCCCUGUGAAGAAUUGAGACCUGGAGAGAAUAAAUCUCUUGACAAAUUCAAAUGGCGAGUUUGUAAAAGAGCCCAGUCUGUAAUCCCAGUUGCUGAGCUUUCUUUCUAUCAUAACUUUGUCUUCCUCUUCUUGUAAAUGAAUCCAAAUAUACUUGUUCUAAUUUUGAGCAUAAAUUUAAUGCAUUUUAACAUUUUUCUUAAUUUGGGCUGCUACUACUGGUUAUGUUCAAUCAUUUCUCACAUUUUGCAGCUGUAGAUUACCUGUGUAUUUAAUUUGGCUCACUGCUCCUGGAUAGGAAAUCUACCUCCUACUCCGCUUGAUGACCUCAGCUUCUUAGGAUCAUGGUAAUUUUCCUUUACAGAAACAGCAAGAUACCAGUCACUCUAAUCUUUGGUGCUCUCCCUUAUAAAAGGGAGAUAAUAAUAAUAAUAAUUUUUGUUCUUUUAUACAGAUUUAAUGAUAUAAACUAGGUAGCAUAGCACAAAAGCUAGCAUAUAAAACAUUCUAGGAAAUGUUCGCUGUUAUUAUGAAGUACUUUCAAUACUGGUUCUCAUAAAAGCUGUGAUAGGUAAUAUUAUCUCUAUUUUGAAGUACAAGAAAUUAUGUAUAACUCAGAAUAGUGAAAUGACUUACUUAAUAUCACACAGAAGUUCCCAGGCUUUAAACCUUUACUUUUGAAACUUCAACUAAUUUUCUUUCCAUCAGAUCUCAGCAGAAACUAUAGAAGACUUAUUUGUACUUUUUAAAAACCAAUUUACAAAGAUAUAUAAUUCACGAGUAUAGUGAUUCUGGUAUCAGGCAGUCAGUGCUUUCUUUGACCCCUUGGAAGAAAAACUGUUAAAUUAACUGGUCUACUAGCAAUGUACCCAUCUGACAUACUCUAAGUAUCUAAAUUUUAUUUAUUCAUAAACCAGGACUCCUUAGGAAAAUGUCUGAUUCCAGGCCUAUCUAAGACAGGAAUUGCUCAAGAUGAGUCUGGAAUCUCUUGUUAUAACAUAAAGCAAGGAAGCUAUCAAGGAUUACUAGAAUUGUAUCAAAAGCACCCUUGAGUCAACUUAAAGAGCCUCCCACUGUCAAACAUGUGAAAUUUGAAAAUCACUGAAGAAAUACUAACUGCAAUGGGUUGAAAUACAUCAGAUAUAUUUAAAUCCAUGAAGUCAAAAUGAUACUAAAACAAACCCAAAAAUCUUUCAUUGGCCACUUUUGAGCAAUAUUAAGGAAUCAACUCAUUACUCUGAAAACUGAUAAUCAAUCACUUAUUCUGCAUUUCCUACAUAAUCUGUACUUGAGGGUAACCAAAUAGUGAAGGAGAGUAAUUUCUUUUUAUUCAAGCCAAUAAAUGGGGAAAGUAUGAUGUAAUUAGAAUAGAACAAUUUUGUAACUUCUAAUUAAUGGAUAGAGGCAUUGACCCUCAAUAGCUGCUAAAAUCACAAAAAAGAGUCAAGCAGACAAUUAUAUACCACCUAGCUGAAGUAUGAAACAUCAACUAAGAAUAAUCCUUCCAGAAAUCAAGCUGAAAUUUGAUCAGGCCUUUAAAAUAUAGCUACUUCCAAUGUUUUCAGCAUGGUUUGGGAAAAAAAAAUCUAUCUACUAACUCAAGAAACAAAGAAUAAGGGAAAAUGCUAAACAAGAAGUUAGAGAUGACAUCAUCAAAAUUUAGAUCCUAGGGAAUUCUACAGGACAAACAACUUGAAUUUAUCAACAAAUAAGAAAAAAAUGGAGAAGGAAUCCAUAUGUAUAUCAACAUGGAGCUUGCUAAAUUAUAGUACGUCUGCAUACUGGGGUAGUAUUCAAUUUUACAAAGAAAUGAGGAAUAACAUCUCUAUGCUAAUCUCAAAAGAUAUCUAAAAAUUAUUUUGUUUAGACUUUAUUUUGACUGCCAUCUAAUCAUAUUGAGAAAAACUCAUGAUCUCAGAUAUUAGAAAUAUAUUUUUGGUCACAUUCUAGAAAGACUUCCUGGAGACAGCUAAGCUAAAGUUUCUUAAGCAUGUACUGGGCCUGAAAUUCUAAGGGUCUUAAGAAUGUACUGGGUUUGAAAUUCUAUUACAGAUAAAAAGCCAUAAAUGAUUCAAGGAAAUGAUAAUUUCAUCAAGAAAAGGAAACCAGGAGAAGCCAUUUGAAGCCACACACAACAAAGAUAAAAUCAUAUAUGGUGCUGUCAUUGUUUUUGAGAUUUAGCUUAUUCUAAACCUGGAACAGCAGGUCUGUUACAAUAUUAUAAUUAUAAACUUAUAUAAUAAAGAUUUAAUAAUUCGAAAAAUUAAUUUUGUGCCAAAGUGAAUGUUAGUAUUAUGGUUUUCAUUCCUACCAGAGAACUAAAUACAUACAGACACUCUUACUUUUGUAUUUAAUGCUGAUCUUAAGAACUUGGAAAAAUCUGAAUGUUACUGAAAAUUCAUAUAUGAACUGGACACUUUGUUCCCUCCUAAGGGCCCAGGAGCUAUCAAUUUUUUAUUUCUAGUAUCACUUCAAUUGUACAAACUUAAAAUGGGAGACUUUGUUCUCUGUUUCUGGAAAAUGAAAGUUCUUGGGUUAUCACUGGGACUACUUAUUGCAUUCGGCAUUCUCUUCCACUAAGAUACCUAGCAUAGUGGUUAAUUGUAUGUGUCAACUUGACUGAGCCAUAGACUGUGUUUAUUCUGAGCGUGUCUGUGAGGGCGUUUUGGAAUGAGGUUAACAUUUACACCAGAAGACUGAGUAAAGCAGAUUGUCCUCCCCAGUGUGGUGGGCCUCAUCCAAUCUGUUGAAGGCCUGAACAAAGGCAGUAUAAGGGAGACUUAAGCUCUGUGUUUGAGCUGAGACAUUGGUCUUUUCCUGUCUUCAGACUCAGACACAGACUGAAAUUAUGCCAUCAGCCCACCUAAUCCUCAGUCCUGUAUCAUUGAGUCUCCUGAACCUCCAGCUUUCCAACUACAGAUCUUGGAACUUCUCAGCCUCCAUAACUGUGAACCAAUUUAUUAGAGUAAAUCUCUCUCUCUCUUUCUCUCUGAUAAACACACACACACACACACACACACACACACACACACACACACACAUUAUUGGUUCUGUUUCUCGGGAGAAUGCAGACUAAUACACCAACAAAAGUAAUUUUCUGCUGUCAAAUUUAUUGCUAUCCACAAAAGACAACAAGUGUUGCCAAGAAUGUGGAGAAAUUGGGGCCCUUGCUUAUUGUUGGUGAGAAUGAAAAAUGAGGCAGCCACUAGGGUAAACAGUAUGGAAGUUCCUAAAAAAAUUAAAAAUAGAACUACCAUAUGAUCUAGCAAUCCCUCUUCUGAGUAUUUACCUAAAAGAAUUGAAAUCAGGAUCUCAAAGAGAUAUAAGCCUCCCUGUGUUAACUGAAGUACUAUUUACAAUAGACAAUAUGUAGAGAUAACCUAAAACUGUAUCAACUUCUCAUUACUCAGAAUAUGUACUUUCCAAAAUGAUUUAUAAAUAUGACAUUCAUUAUUGAAAUAUGUGCAGGAGUUAGAAAAACUGGAUAAUUGAGUUGAGCACAUCAUCAAGCAUUUACUUUGUUUCUUGAUGUAAGAGAUAGUUCUGAUAGUUCUGAUCAACAAUAUGUGUGUUUUUUCAAGAUAUAAAACUUUGUCUAAUGGUACCACAUCAGCAGAGACUUUCUGCUUCUAUUUUUUCCUAAUGUUACGAUUGUUAACUAGCAUUUACCAUCUAAUAAUCUAUUAAUUUAUCACUGAUUCACACAGAAAAACCAGCCUCAUUUAUUACUAAAACGAUUGUAAUCAGUGUACCAAAAUAACUGACUUCAUUGCUUUCUAUAUUCAAGAUCAAAGUGUUGUCUUAUUUUUGAGUUUUCUUUGUGGAACCAAAAUGCUAAUUUAUUCCUUAUAAAGGCUUCGGUGUCAAAGGAGAUUGCGUGUUUGAAUGAAAAUAGACGUAUACUUCCUCUUAAGGAACUAAAUAACGAAAAAGUUGAAUAAGACCACUCUAGAGAAAUUAAUACUAUAAAUUUUGCUAUACCCUCAUAGGCCAAAGUCCUCAAAAAUAGUUAAUCUAUCAGAAAGAUAUAACAAUUGUAAGCAUAUGUACACCUAAUAUCAGAUAACCAGAAUAUAUGAAGCAAUACUGACAGAAAUGAAGGGAGAAAUAUACAAUUCAACAAUCAAACAAUCAUAGUUGGAGACUUAAGUAAUGAAUAGAAUGGCUAGGCAGAAGAUAACUAGAAAACAAAAUACUUCAACAUUAUAAACAAACUUGAUGUAACAGCCAUCUAUAGAAAAUUCCACCCAAAUAAAAAAAGAAUAUGCGUUCUUCUCAAGUACACAUAGAACAUUCUCAAAAACAAACCGAAUACUAGACCAUAAAACAAAUCUCAAUAAAUGUAAAAGUAUAGAAGUAAUCUAAAGUAUGUUCUCCAGUCACAGUGGAAUGAUGUUAGAAAUAAGUAGCAUAAAUUAAUUUGGGAAACUCACAAAUAUGUGAAAAUUGAACAACACACUCCUAAAUAAUCAGUGGGUUAAAGACAUAUCCCAAGAGAAAUUGGAAAAUACUUCAAGACAAAUAAAAAUCAAGACACAACAUAUGAAAACUUGUGCAAUGCUGCUUAAGUAGUGCUGAGAGGAAAAUUUGUAACUAUAAAUAUCCAUAUUUUAUAAACAAGAUCUCAAAUGAAUAACCUAACCUUCCACUAUAAGACAAUGGAAAAAGGAGAGUAAGCAAAACUUAAAGCAAGUAUUAAUAAAAGGAAAAAAAAUAAAGAUCAGAGUGGAACUUAAUGAAAUAGAGAAUAAAAAACCAAUAGAGAAAAUCAAGGAAAACAAAAGCUAGUUCUUUGAAAAGCUAAAACAGAGAAACCUUUAACCAGAUUGACAUGGGAAAAAGAAGACUCAAAUUAUAAGAAUUAGAAAUGAAAGAAGGGCCAGCACAGUGGCUUAUGCCUGUAAUUCCAGAAUUUUGGAAGGCUGAGGUGUGAGGAUCACUUGAGCUCAGGAGUUCAAGAUGAACCUGGGUAACAUAGGGAGAUCCCGUCUCUACAAAAAAUAAAAAAAUUAACCAGGCAUGGUAUGCACAUCUGUGGUCUCAGCUACUUAGGAGGUAGAGGUGGGAGGAUUGAUUGCUUGAGCCUGGGAAGUUAGGCUGCAGUGAACCGUGAUCACACCACUGCACUCCAGUCUGGGUGAAAGAGUGAGACCCUGUUUCAGAUUAAAAAAUAAAUAAAUAAAUAAAUAAAUGAAAGAGAAGAUAUUACCACUUCUCUUACAGAAAAAUAAAGAAUUAUAAAGGAAUAUUAUGAAUAUUUGUAUGCCAAUAAGUUAGAUAACUUAGACGAAAUGGACAAAUACCUAGAAAGACACAAGCUAUUAUUAUAAAACUCAUUUAAUAAGACAAUCUCCAUAGACAUGGAAUAAGUAAGAGAUUGAAUAUGUAAAAGCAAAAUAAAGCAAAACAAACAAGCAAAACUAUACACAAAGAAAAGCUCAUGCCCAGAUGGUUUCACUGGUGAAUUCUAUCAAACAUUUAAAGAAAAAUUAAUACCAUUUAAAAAGAAAAUCUUUCAAAAUAUAUGAGGGAGGACCACUUUUCAACGUACUCUGUGAAACCAGUAUCACACUAAUACAGAAACCAGACACAAGCAUUACAAAAAAAUGAUAGACCAAUAUAUUUUAUGAAUAUAAAUGGAAUACGCUUCAACAAAAUACUAGCCAACUACAUCUAGCAACAUUUAAAAAGAAUUACACGACAUGAUCAAGUAGAGUUUAUCACAGGAAUGCAAGUGGUUUGUCAGUUAAAAAUCAAUUGUCAAUGUAGUACACCAUAUCAAUAGAACAAAGAACAAAAACGACAUGAUAGUUUCAAUAGAUGCAGAAAACACAUUUAACAAAAUCCAACUCCCUUUCCUGAUAAGAACACUCAAAAAAAAAAAAAAAAAAAAAGAAAAAGGAUAGAACUCCCUCAGUCUGAUAAAAGGCACCAACAAAAACCCAUA